UAGCACAACAAAUCCCGGAAAAGGGAAGCGGAAGACUGAGCCAAAAAUGUUGAACGAGAGUGAAGUUAGCAAAGUACAUAACAGCUGAAAUAUACCUGUGGGUGUGUAAACAUACAGCUCUGCGGAAAUCAGUCUACAAAUGUAAACCUUUACGAGUCAUUAAUCGCGUCGAGAAAGUGUCCGUUGACGAGCAGCUAACGUGUGAUUAGCUCAGUUUUGACAACAAGAUGCUGCAACGCCCCUGAAACUGGUGCCAAAGUAUUUUAAUGAGCAGUUUUUUUGGGGGGGGGGGAUGGUUACUAAAGGUGUUCCCCAGUUUGUGCUGUUUAAUCUCAGUGAACAAAUCUGGAUUUCUGCCCAGUCCUCUCUGUUUCCUGAGCUCUUUGUGAAAUGACCUGACUUCACUGGUUCCAGCAUCUGAUCACAAUGGCCAGAAUAGCCUGGUAUCAAGAGAAGAUUGGGGCCUAUGAUCAACAAGUCUGGGAGAAAUCUCUGGAGCAGGCGGAUCUAAAUGGUCUGGACAGCAAACCAAAGAAGACGGGUCACAUCAAAUCAGACCUCAUCGAUGUCGACUUAGUAAGAGGAUCGACAUUCAGCAAAGCCAAACCAGAGAGUCCCUGGACAGCUUUGACUCGGAAAGGUCUGGUCAGAGUGCUGCUGUUCCCGUUCUUCUUCCAUUGGUGGAUCCAGGUGACCUCCAGAUCCAUUUCCUCAUGUAUCCUCGUGCUGUACUUCUUGCAAGUGGCGGCAGUGGCGCUGUACUUGGAGGUCCCUGGGGCGUGUGCCAGCGAGGUGUUUGGGCCCAUGUGUCUGCUGCUGCUGCUGGGUACCGUGCACUGCCAGAUUGUGUCAACUGAGUCCAGCCGGUGGCCCUCGGGCAGUCCAGCUGCCAGCUGUGCCACCAGCCCUGCGCGCAGAAGGAGGCCAAGGAAGGGCAGAGGGCUGAAAAAAUCUGAAGAAACAAAUGACAGCGCGGACACAGAGCAGCUUGAUGAAAGCCAGCGAUUAUACAGGAGCGAAGAGAGGAGGAAAAAAAGAAAGUCAGGAUUUGGGGCGUCCGACGAGCUCUCCAGUGAGGAAGAGGAGGGGCUACAACCAGUGGAAGUAAUUCUUCCAAUACCUCACCAAGAGAGGCUUCUUCCUACAACCAGGCCUUCAUCUGCACCAGUGUCUUCUGUUAGGAAGAGAAAUCUAAAGUCUAACCCCAAACCCACAUUAAGACCUCAGGAAGGGGUUGGGGCUUCCAUCAAGGUGAAGCCUCGCGAGGUGGAGCGCCUCAGGCCGAACGUCGGCUCUCGUCCUGCUUCCGACACUGACGACACAAUGUGGGAGGAGCUUCUCCAAGGCCCUGACUCCGCCUCCACGGCGAGCAGUGACAGUGAGGGGAACGGGAGGUACAACGCUGGCAUGGUGCUCCCACAAGCCACCACUCUGAGCAGUGAUGAUGAGAGCCUACAGCAGGGAAUCACUGGAAACCAGCUGUCAUGGCUGCAGGCAUGUCACCCAUCCAAAGACCGUGUGAGUGCCAUAAUAUGGGAGCAGGGCGAGUGUAAGAAAGCAGACAUGUCAGUAUUGGAGAUCAGUGGGAUCAUCCUCACACGGGUGAAGUUGGUGGAGCAGGGUAUGGGUUACCUUAUGCUUGGUGGACUGAUGACAGCUACCCUGGCGCUGCUUCCCUUCGUUUUCCGCUUGGCUCAGCGUUUGGACAUGUCGAGCCUCUGCUCACUGUCCCUGGCAGAGGUGGUAGAGAUGGCAGUGGGGCCGCCUGAUGUCCAGGCUUACGCCUUUUUCUUCAUCACAACAGUGCAAAGAGUCUGCCUCAUAGGACUGUUUUUCUUCAUGAUGUGUGUGGCCGAGAGAACGUACAAACAGAGGCUCUUGUUUGCCAAAUACUUCAGCCACCUCACUUCAGCUCGCAAGGCCAAGAAAUCUGAGAUCCCUCAUUUCAGGCUGAAGAAAGUCCAGAACAUAAAGAUGUGGUUGUCACUACGCUCUUUUCUCAGGAGACGAGGGCCGCAGCGCUCAGUUGACGUCAUUGUCUCCACUAUCUUCCUGUUAGCGCUGUCUAUUUCAUUCAUCAUUUGUGCCCAGCUUUUGCACAGUCACGAAACAUUCCUAGAGUCUAUGACAAAUUGGGAGUUGCUGGUGUGGGCCUCCUCCCUCAUCCUCUUUCUGUUACGGCUCGCCACGCUGGGUUCAGAGACCAACUGCAAAUACAGCAACUCCUCGGUGCUGCUCACUGAGCAGAUCAAUUUGUAUCUUAAAAUGGAGAAAAAGCCCAAUAAGAAAGAGGAACUCAAUAUCGUGAACAAUGUUUUGAAACUAGCUACAAAACUAAUGAAGGAGCUGGAUACUCCAUUCAGACUGCUGGGUCUGACCGUGAACCCUCUGAUCUACAACAUCACCAGAGUGGUCAUCCUGUCUGCAGUGUCUGCUGUGGUCAGCGACCUGUUUGGCUUCAACAUCAGACUGUGGAAAAUCAAGUCUUAAUGUGAAAACGGCAAACCACUAACAGUCGGACACUGGAGACCAGAAUCUCCGUUUGUCUGCUGCAGAGAGACUCUCAUCAAAACAAAAAGUGCAAAUCUACUGACAGUUUAGUCAUGGUCUGUGCCUUCAAACUGAAACUGUCUCUCGAGUUUCAUCAGUCAUUCACAAGCCUGAGAUGCUCUGACAAUCGCUCACGCACCAUUACUGGCGCCUCAGCUGGUGUGGCAACACACAGUUUCCAUCAGCCACGCCACUAACCCAGUGCCUAACCUUUGACCCUUGAAUGUUCCUGAGUAUGCGGUUAAAUAUAGCGGUGAGUUGAGAUCAUUUCAGGCUUCUUGUGUCUUGUACAGAUGUGUGGACACAAAGUGAAAAUGUAAAUGAGUUAAAUGCAGAUGAUAAUGUAGAUAGUUUGAUUAGUCUUAUUAAUACAAUUAACUGUAAAACAAGCAUUGUGCUUUCUGAAGCCAGUAAAUCAAACUCAAUCAAAAUUAAAUGGGCAAUCGGCUGCAUUAAAUUAAUGUUCGGUGGACUCAACUUUCAAACUUUUGUACUAUUUAAGGAGGAAACAUUGUGAUUGUAAGUGGACUUUAUUUAUUUGGGGUUCUGUUUUAGCGCUUAAACCUGUAAUGGUACCUGUAAGUCAUGACUCUUUGACCACUAUCUGCCUUUUUUGUAUUGAGGACCAUUGUUGAAUAAAUAAAAAAAUAUACAUAAAAAAGCUAUGCAAAAUGCUUAAAGAAAAUGUUUAACAGGUGAAAUAAAUGUUUUUCAUCCCUUGGA